GAACCACAAAAAGAACCGUUGGAUUUAUCAAUGUCAGGAAUGUAUGAACGACGGAUUGGACCGUCAGAUCUAUCAGCGCCUUAUGUGAGAGAGGAACAAAUAGAAUUCAACGAAAUUGAUCAGAAUGACGCAAGCUCGUUGAACGCACCAAUUCAAGAAGUGAGAAGGGAACAAACAAGUAUAGGAAAUAUGCCGAAGAAAAAGUGGCUUAAGAGGUAUCAAAAUGAAACGUCCAACGAGAGAUAUCAAAAUGAAACGUCCAACAUCCAAACAAUCGAAAGGAAACAGUCCAAAGGAAACAAAGGUAACAUCAAAAGAAAGCAUCCAGAGCGUUCGACUCACACGGAUGAAAAGCGGUUCAAAUGCGAAAGAUGCCCGCAGAGGUUCACUGCGCCAUCGGAUUUACGUAGACAUAUAAGGACUCAUACCGGUGAGAAGCCGUUUUCUUGUCCGGAAUGCACAAGGAAUUUCACCGAGAAAGGGAAUUUGCAUAAACAUAUGAGGAUUCAUACCGGUGAGAAACCGUACAGUUGUUCGAAUUGUGGGAUGAAUUUUCACCCAGAAAGUUAG